CAUGGCUAUAAAAGAGCCACAGAGGUACCGGAUGGUAUCAUAUUAAUUCGUUUCUAGUUUUUUUUUGGAAGCGUUUCAGUUCUACAUUCCUUCAAAGUAUUGUGCUCGUAACUACAACUAGGUAAGGGUGUAACAGUAACAUCGAGAUGCGACAUGCGCGCUCUGUGUUCGGUUCGCGGGCCGUUAGGCGGAGACACUCGCGCUCUAGGCGCGGGUGCUCGGUUUCUGUCCCUCCGCAUGCCCGGUCAAGCACAGCCUCUUCACUUCGUUGUGGAAGCAAAAUCAAGAGUCAAAGAGUUAAAAGCAUUGGUCAACGGACAUGUCCAGCUACGAGGCAUGACCGAUACGGAUUUUUUCGGAUUAGCUGUAUUACAAAACGGCGAGUAUUUGUUUGUUGAUUUGGAGAGCAAAUUGUCGAAGUACGCACCAAAGAGUUGGAGAUCAUCACACACUCAUGGAUUAGAUGCAAAUGGAAAACCUCUCCUGGAAUUGCAUUUUAUCGUCCAAUUCCACGUUGAAAGUCCAUUACUAUUGCAUGAUGAAGUUGGACGCCGUUUGUACUUCUUACAAUUACGUCACAAUAUUCGAACCAGAGACGCUUUACCUGCGGAGAUGGUGCUUUUGCUUUCUGGCUUGGCAUUACAAGCAGAGUAUGGAGACGCAGACGCCUACGAUAAUCAUGAUUACUUCAAAGUUGAAGAAUACGCACCUGCGUCGCUUACAGGAGACUGGGUGGCUGCGGCAAUGCGCGCUUGCCAUCGUGAGCACCACGGCUUAUCAAAAACAGAAGCAGAGACGAGAUUUAUACGUGAAGUUUGUUUGUUACCGGACACGCUAAAUUCGCACCGAUACCGCUUAAAACAAAGUAAAUCAGAACCAGAACCCGGAACCGUUUGGUUACUCGUUACGGCAAAAGGCAUAAAAAUCUUACCAGAUAACGGAACCCUGUCGGAUUUUAUUUGGAGUGCUAUAGGAAAACUCAGUUUUGAUCGAAAGAAGUUCGAGAUUAGAACGGACGACGGCAAAAUAACUUUGUACUCGUCGAGCGAAGAAAAGUGUAAAUACCUUUUCGCUUUAUGUAAGGAAACCCAUCAGUUUUCAAUGAAAAUAGCACCAAGAUUCAGUGAGAUUUUAAGAAAAGAGGAGGAAGAACGUAAACUUUGUUUUGGCUAUUCAAAAUCUUUUAACUCUCGGUACAACCAAAACAAAAGUGAGCAGAGAAUAUCGGUCAUCUCUUCAACGAGUUCCAACACAACAUCAGGUAUUGUCAGUGACAGAGUGCAAUCCGAAGAUGAAUUAGAAAUUAUGAUCGACUCCCCUCCGGCACCUUCUACGGAAAGUUUGGCUAUUGCUCAUUUGUUAGACAGCUCGAAUUCGUACGUUAUCAGUCAAUCAACUCAAGAAAAUAUAUCUAAUAGCUUAUCACCUUUUCAUUUUCAAAAAUCGAGAUUCAAAUCAAAACGCACAAAGGAAGAAUGUGACAAUACUUUAAAAAAUGAAACCUUCAAUCCGGAAGCAGUACAACAUUCGAUAAAUCAGAUGGAUGAAACGACUUCUUUGCCUGAUCAAAGCGUUGUCGAAAGCGACAGUCCGACUUCAAGCAAAUUAAAAUGUACUGGAUCGCAAUGCUCAUCAUCAUGCAGUACAGUUAUAAUGACUAGGACGGGUCUAAGUACUCUAAGUAGAACAUCAAACGCGAGCAGCUUAGAAUUAGGAUACAGUCAUACGGCUCAAAAUUCAAUGAUCAGUGAUAAUAGCACAGGUGGUAUAGACUUAGAAUACUCCCAAGAUACCGCUUCAGCAUUAUAUGAUGGGUUAGGUCAACCGGCAACCAUAGCUGCUUCUAGUGAAACAAGCGGUGUUUAUACAAUGACUAGUUCAGAAUUAACAACUAGAUUAAAAAUAGAUGCAAUGUCAGAAGAUAGCCGAACAGAUUACGAUGAAUCUCAUUAUGAUUGUUAUAAGCAAGCAAAAGAGAAUGAUCUUGCAGAGUUUGACAGCAUUUCGUCUAUUCUUAAAAAUAAAGCAAAAACACUGAAUCACGUAACGAAUAGAUUACAAGUGCCAAGUUCCGAUUGCGUUGAUGGUUCAUCGAAGUAUGCAAAUCAGGAUCACGAUAAAGAAAACAUUAUACUUUUUAGAGAACGAACAAACUCCAACGUAAGUGCUAGUUCGUUCCAUGGAGACGGAAGUGACCCAACAGAUAAUAAGCAUAACUUAUUAACAGCUAGUGAAUUAAGUGAUUUGAUUGUUGGAAGGGGUGUUUAUCCUAAAAAACAAUCAGUGAGUGACACUCUGGAUUCCGUAUCCGAUUAUGUAAGGCUUCCUUUACCUUUCUCUGGGGACAGUUAUCUCCCGGGUCAUGAAGACACUGCCCCUUGCGAUGACAACUACCCCAACAAUCAAUUUUUCGACCGACCUCCGACUCCUCCGACUAGAAUAGACAGCCGUAAACUGCUCAAUUUGUCUUUACCAAAUAUAUUAGACAUAAAUCUGGAUACGUUUAAUAAGCCCAGUUUUCCUCAAAAACCGCCACCGCCGUAUGAAUUUAACCACAGAACAGUUCCAUCACAAAUAAAAACGCCGUUAAAAGACCCUCCUGCGUAUCCUGGAUGCUCAUUGAGUACAUUGAGUACAUCCUUGACGCAUUUGUCAGAUAAAGAAGAAGUAUCUGCAAGGAUGGUCACGUCCAAACCAAUGAUUACUAUACUGAAAGCAGAAGCAGGAGAAGUGAAUACACCCUGUGAAAGAACUUUCGCUAGUCCCAUGGUGCUGGAACAUAGAUUUCAAAAAUCAAAAAGACAUCAGGCUUCAAGUCGUAGAGCCGAAAGAUCAAAAUUAGCUCAAGGAAUAAGUAAUCUAUCUCCAUCAAGAGAAGUCCCUCCACCCCUUGGAGUUGAUUCAAACGUGUUUGUAGCGAUGAUGAAGUUACCUCCACCUCCGCCCCCACCAAGACGAUCUAGGCUUCCACCACCUCCACCAGUCACUAGAAUACCUCCUCCACCUCCCCCACAUAAUCCUAUUUUUCAUCAACAGCUGUACAGCGACGUCGAUUACGUUUAUUACCCUCUACAAGAUCCAGCAAUUUCUCAACAAAAUUAUCUUGAUCACAAACUAACAGAAUCCAGACUGACAAAUAUGCAAAAAAACAGUUUGCAAUACAGAAGCACGCCGUACUUAUCAACAUCUUUGUCUGCAUCGUCCGUAUACGGCUCAAUACAAAACCUUUCGGAUUCUUAUAUCCAACUUCCGGGAACGCGUGCGAGCUGGUAUUCAUUAACGAGCAAAACAACUCUCAGCAAUCAUUCCAUCAAUGUGGAUAGGCCGCAUAUGCCGCCAUGUUUCGUAGAUUUUUCACGACCUAAACCUGACGAAAAGGUUCUCAUAAAAGAACCACCACCGGUGAAAAUGAGGAGAAUGCCACCGCCGCCGCCGCCACCCUACGAGCACAAGAAAAAACUGCCACCACUAAAAGAACCGAAACAACCACACGGCAGUGCAAAUGUGAAAAGUGAAUUUAGUGCUAAUAAAUUACACGCUAAUAACUGUGAUUUGGACAUUAAAACGCUUAGGGAAAAAAGCAAAAACCUAGACUUACCUCUUAUAGCGGCAUUGUGUAAUGACCGCUCUUUACUCAAACAAACUAAAGCUUUUGGUGCUCCAAAGUUAUCGAAACAAACAUGUACUGAUUAUGACAGUGAACGUGCAAAGUCCGCUCCCAACACCACCGAUAACGUAGAUAUAAGAAAUAAACAAGAAAUCAAUGUCAAAAGAGUUGCAGGGUCGCAGAAAAAGAUUUUGUUAAGAAAUCCUACAGACAAACUUCCCGCAUUACCAGGGUCGGAAGUGCAUACACCUAGAGCCAUGUCUAACACGUACGUUGUGCACCCCGCAGUAGUAAAAAAUAAAAAAAUUCAACCAAACUCAUGACAUCAUUAACUUUGUCUCGUCUAUGCUACUUGUGAAUCCUUCCAGUGCUAUGAUCUUUCAUCCACCGAUUCGGUAUCAUUAAAAGACUGAUAUUAUGCAUCAUGACAAUCCAACUUGGGCCCACAUAAUCUAAAUUCAACUUCACAUUAUUUAUCUUUGUUGUUAAAGUUUUCUUGAAUUAUACAAUUAUGUUUAAUAAACAAUAAUAAUUUUAAAUAUUUACUACACUCGUCACAAUUAACUAUUAAUGUGGACCCAAAUAAUGUAAUUACUUAACAUUUAAUAUGUACAUAUUUUUGAUAAUUUCUUUUUUUUCUUGUUAAUAUCAAUAUUUAAUAUGUAAAAAAUCAAUGUUUGUUUGAUUUAAAUUGACCUCAAAAAAUGAAACUUAUAAGAUAGUACAUUUAUGAUGUACGUAAUAAUAAUAUUAUUACCUAUGCAGAAUGCCUAAUUCAUAUUUAAGUACCUUGAAUAAAUUAAUGUAGCGAAAAGUAAACGAUUUUUUUUUUUUUAAGUGGGCCGGAA